CUACAUCUCCUCUUGGCAGUUUCAUAUGCCGAUCCGUAUCUGACACCUCCGUUCCUGUUGAUGAUCCCACGCUCUUCCCACCCAGUCCGUUGCACCCAUGGCUCGCCCAUUCAACCCCUAUGAGCCCGAGCUCAACAAGCUCUCGAAUACUAGCAGCCCGAUGUCGCCCUAUCCACGUGGCGACAGCGAAACCCCCCUUUCCUUCAAGACCAAUGUCAAUCGAUCAAAGACCAAGCGUUGGGUAGAAGCCAAGAAGUACUCCUACGAUGGCAACGACUGGGGCGACGAUGAAUACGGCGAGUAUGACGACGACGAGGACGAGAUUCCCCCGCUUCCGCAGUCGACGCAUAUGAACCAGAGCACCCCGGAUAUCUCAGGGGGUCUUUCCAGAGACCGCGACCGCACGCAGCAUUCGCUACCUUCGAUGGACCGAUCACGGUCGAUGGACCAAGUCGCAACGCUAGGUGUUGACGAGGCCGGCGACAGCAGCCGCAGUCGCUCGGCCGAUCGGACUGUCCCGAUUGUUCGCCCCGCCGAGAUCUAUAACCGCAUUCGAGGAAACACGGCUGGACGAGCACAGGCUCCGGAGUCUGGUCUGGCGACCGGCGAUUCAGCCGGUGUGGGUCCGUCGCAGACAGAUUCCGUGCCACAGGGCUCUCUGCCAGGAAUAGAUACUUAUGGCGAUCACCAGGCCCACCAGUCGUUGGAUCCAGGAACGCAAUCAGGCAAUGACACCCCUGUCGGUGGUCUACCAGAUGUCCAACACUCUAGCUUUGGUACGACAUUUAUGGGUGAUUCUGACCCCAGGGCCCCGACGGACGGUACGAGCCAACCCCAACAAGAACACCAGCUGCAUCACAACCCGUCUCUUGGGUUCCGGUCUGUCGUGCAUCAGGCAUUCGAUGUCCCAGAGACACCGACCACCACUAUUGAGAGUGUUGGGAGGUCAAACAGUGAUAGCACGUCGGUGAUCAGCCCGAUUAUCGGUCAGCGUACUAUGAGUGACAAUAGGACGCCAACCAUCAACGAAGAGCCCGAAAAUACAACACCACCCAGGGGGUUCAAACCUGGCCACCGCCGAGACUUGAGCAUCCCCAGUCCUGGCAACAGCCCAUCCAGGAAGCCCGCGAUCACCAACAACGACGCAACUCCACCAUCCGCCCUGGCCGAAAUGUCCCACAACAUCCACGAGGCGCUUCGGUCCCCUUCGCCAACCUCGCCAGAGCAGACUCGGGACGAGCAAGGAAUGCCGGCGCCGCUCAAGCUCAGCAACAGCUCGACCCCGGUUCCCAGUGAGGCCGCUGCUAUCCCGGUCAUCGUGCCGUCCAUGAGCACCGACAAUUCGCCGCAAGAUACGGAGAAUGACCGGCUCCGGAAGGAGAUUAUCCGCUCACUGAGUCGCGAGAACACCCCGUCUGAUGAACCGGAGCCGCACGAGAGUUCUCGACCGCAGACAAGCCGACAAGAGAGUCUCAUUCCCAGCGAGUACGAACGGUACUGGAACGAAAAUCCGAAUACUAGUCCCGAGGAGCAAAAAACCGCCCCUCCGCCUGUUGCUGCCGCAAACCCCUCGCAAGACUACUUUAGCCCUCAGCAGCCGUCUGCAGCCACACCGGGUGCGCGGGAGCCGGGGCCGGAUGGAGAGCAUUCCCUACAACGGAAGUUCUCGUGGGAAUCAUCCUCAUCCUCGAGCGACAUCGUCCAUCCCGCGGUCUUGCAGAGCAUCUCUCCAGAGCCGAUGCCCGGGCAGUUUCCUGGAGCUUCCGAGGUCAGCAGUCUGCCUGACGCGCCUCCAGCGACCCGUGAGGUCGACCACUCCGAUCGUGAGGAUCAGCAACCGCAAUCGCCACCGCAACGAACUCCAGAGAAACCCAGGCUGUCAAUCAUCACCCCGACCUUGCCUGACAACCGCAGUAUCACCUCCGAUCGUCAACUGCCCGAAGUGGUUGAUGCUGAAACGGUGGGAGGCCCCACGCACAUGGAGGAUGAGUAUCAGGCUCCAGCUGAGCCUCCGGUGUCCUUUCCACCACCUCGGACGUCGUCGUCCGGGCCAACUCCAUUGGGAUUCCGCGAGAUCAUGGGCAAGCCGACCUCCGACGAACGGGUGCAGGCAUUCAACGAAACCCGCGAGCAGUUCAGCACCAUCGAUACGGGGCUGAGCCACUGGAUCCAGGUCACCGUGCACGCUCAUCCCGAGCACACGGACGUGGUGGAUCAAAGCUUUAAGCUGACGACGGGCGAACCCAAGCUCGCUGGCUCCCGCGGCAAGUUCCCCAAGCUGCCUUCCCUGGGUACUUUCGCAACGAGCGGUAGUCACCAGGACCCGUCGCCCUCAGGAUCGGGUCACGUCCGGCGACCGUCGGCGCCGCUGGGGGCGAUGAUGAACAAGCAGCAGGUCGAGCAGCGCGGCAAAGACCUGUUGCACACGGCGGGCGUGCUGGGCGGACAGGCCGGAAAGACGGCCAAGAGUCUGUUUGCCAAGGGGCGCAGUAAAUUCAAGGGCGGAGGAGGCGACAAGGUAGAGCCUUAAAAUCUCUUACGGUGGUUGAUGAUCGGUUUCGAGUAUAUACGUGAUGUGUUUUUCCUGUCUCUGCUUCGGUGUUUUUGUCUGAUGUGCUUGGGUUGUUUGUCCUCAUGUUUAUUGAUACCACGACUGUGACUGUGACUGUAAUUGAACAUAUUGUGCAUGUUGUUUCUUUUCCUUUCUUUACUUUCUUUACUUUCUUUACUUUCUUUACUUUCGGAAUGCGACAUGAUUCUCACGGGUCUCUCU